AUGGCUAGAUCCCGCUCCUCAACGAGGUGUACGACGCUGCAGGCUCUUGCUCUGCAUGAAGCCGUAACUCCCGACCGUUGGUGCGUCACGCGGUCAGAUCUUAUCUAUUUGCAGCAGGAGGUCUGGCGGGCCAUCCAGUGUGGGAAGAUUCGUCCCGUCGAUGACAGUGAUCCUUUUGAGUCGUCCGACGAUCAGUAUGGGCCAAACAUCCACACGGUGAACACGCAGUACAUCAUGCCGGUGACGGAGGAGGCCGGCAAGGUCAGCUGGGCACUGAUGUUGCAUCCGGAUGGCUUGGACUGCGACUUGUUCAUCAGCCAUGCCUGGCAGGAGGGUGUUUUCGAGUUCCUGUCCAAGGUCUUGCAUUCCUGGCCGUCGGGUUCACGGCACGUUUGGUGCUGCAUGCUGGCAAACCCGCAGAACUUGGACAUAGGGUCCUAUUUGCAAUCUCCCAGCAGCUCGCCCUUCGCGCGAGCACUCCAGGCCUCUACAUCCGUCCUUGUGGUGCCCAACCGCCACUUCAGCAUCUACACCAGGCUCUGGUGCGGCUACGAAGCCUAUCGCGCCCACGAGGAGGGAAAGACCAUCCUUAUUGCCAGA